UUUUUAACUCUUCUUUUGUUCAUAGUGUAAUGUAGACUUCAAGGGAUUCGAUUUUUCUUUGAAGUGUAAACUUUAACAACCACUUUUUAAAUCAUAAGGGAAUCAAACCGCAAUAAUGAAUGACAUAAAACUUGCGGUUUUGGGAGAUGAAGGAGUCGGGAAAUCAGCUCUCAUCGUUCGAUUCCUGACGAGGCGAUUUAUCGGUGAAUAUUCCUCAUCAUCCGAAUGCAUAUACAGGAAGCGUCUGUCUAUUGAUGGUAGACAGCUGAAUCUAGAACUCUAUGAUCCAUGCUCACAGGCCUGUGAGGGGAAGUCGACUCUGACCGACCAGAUCCACUGGGCUGAUGGCUUCGUAGUGGUCUAUGACAUCAGUGACCGCUCCUCCUUCAUCAAGGCUAAAGCCAUAGUACACCUGAUCAGAGAGUUAAACCUGGGAGUGGCCAAAAGGGAUGCAGACACUCUGGUGUUCCUGGUGGGUAACAAGCAGGACCUGUGCCACGUGAGGGAGGUGCGUCGAGAGGAAGGCCAGCGCCUGGCAGCCGAGUCCCAGACCCAGUUCUACGAGCUCUCAGCCGCAGAACACUACCAGGAAGUGGUCCUCAUGUUCUCGAAGAUGGUCCACAACGCCAGCCUUGGGGGCAAGGCCAAGGAGAGGAGACGGAGACCUAGUGGCUCCAAGUCCAUGGCCAAACUCAUCAAUAAUGUCUUCGGGAAGCGGAGGAAAUCGGUGUGAAAGGGGAGAUGGGAAAGGUCAAGUGUUUACCCCAGGCCUAAAGAAGCCUUGUUACUUCGUUACUCCCCUUGGGACUGUUGUUGAACGGUGAAAGGGAUUGUGGGAAAAGGUCGAUAACGUUGAACGGACCCACCACCGACAACAACAUGGGCUUCACCUACUUUACUUGCUGUUGCUAUUAUUAUUGUUGAUCAUGAAAAGAGUCAAUAAUAAUUAGACCUCCACUCCUCUGGUUGCCAACCACCAAGGACAGCUCUAUGUGGUAUAAAUGGUUCUGCACUUAGAACAGAGCUUAGUGGACUGAUAGGACUGCUGCUGCUUACAGACUUUCUGACUCGUGCUUACCAUACUCGCUACUGUGUGUGUGUGUGUGUGUGUGUGUGUGUGUGUGUGUGUGUGUGUGUGUGUGUGUGUGUGUGUGUGUGUGUGUGUGUGUGUGUGUGUGUGUGUGUGUGUGUGUGUGUGUGUGUGUGUGUGUGUGUGUGUGUGUGUGUGUGUGUGUGUAAAUGACACCACAGGGAGACUCCAUUAUUAGCUAUGUAGAGAAAAUGAUAGCACAGGGGAGACUCCCUUAUUAGCUAUGUAAAGUAUAUCACCACAUGGGGAGACUCCAUUAUUAGCUAUGUAAAGUAAAUGACACCACAGGGAGACUCCAUUAUUAGC